AUGUCAUCAUUGCCAGACCCAAAAGUCUUACGACUGCCGCGGACUGACGUCGCCAAUGACUUCGUCCUCGUCAAUGUCGAACCAUCUGGCUCUGAUCCUCUCGACCUGAAACUCGUUGCUACUGACGGCCAGUCCCCUUUUGUUGCCUCUGUACGUCAGAACCAGAUCCAGAAAUUGCAGGCUUCUGGCUCGCAGAUCCAGCUGGACCAUUGGCAAUCUAUCCUAUCUGCUGUCUUGUUCCAAUCUAUUCCAAAUGAUCCUACCUUGGCCGGGGUAGAAGCUGUGGCCAAUGUCUCUUCCUCUCAACUUACCAUAACUAUACGCAACAAGAUUAGUGGCAUUACUCAACGACUCGGCGUAAUAACGCUUGACAAGGAUGAAGAUGAAGACAUUCAACUAUACGACUGGACGGGCUUUGCUGUAUCCCGAGCUGAUGGACUGGCUCACCAGCUAGCAACUUUUCAAUCUACCGUGGCAGAGCAUCAAAAGACAAUAGAUGACUUGACCGCACAGUUAGAUGACUUGGUCAAGGCAAAGAAGUCUCACCAAGAUGAGAUGCUCAGAAAAUUCGCUGCCUUGUUAAACACCAAGAAGCUCAAGAUCCGAGAUCAGCAGCGCCUUUUGGCACAUUCCAACGUCGACCCUACAACCGCAGAUCACGUCCAGCAAGUCAGAUCCGGAACGUCUAGCCGCAAACCUGAUCUCUCUCGUUCGAGCAAGCGUAAGGCUGAUGCCAACAUCCAGGAAUCCGAAACAGAUGACGAUGGUUCUGAGGGGACGGGUCUGGGGAACCGCAUGGACGAAGAAAAUGACAUGCGUCAGGACCUUGAUGAACCCCUGAAAUCUGACAAAUCCGACCUUGAUACAGAAGAUGACGAUAGUGAUGGUGGCUUUGCUCCAGCUCCCAUGCCGUCACAGCCGUCACUUUCCCAAGCACGUUCUCAAAGCUCUGUCGGGGCUAAAGGAAAGGCACUGGAAACAUUUACACCGAACGGAACAAAACCCGCUCCCCAGAAGUCUCCUGAGAUAGAGCUACCACCUAGAAGGCAGUUGCCUUUCUCCAAGAGAAACGACCUGACAUCUGCUUCCCAAGCUUCUUCAAAGUCGUCUUCGAAAACACUUCCUCAAUCUUCUGCUACUAAUCCCUCUUCCAAACCACCACCGGCAGUGGACGAUGAUGAAGAGACAGAUGACGAACUGUAA